AUGAGUGUCAUAAAGACUGCUGCUAUUUUGAUUAUUGGUGAUGAAGUGUUGAAUGGGAAGAUCCAGGACACAAACUCAAGAUUCUUUGCCAAAUACUUGUUUAGUAAAGGUAUAGAGGUGAAGAAAAUAUUGGUGAUUGGCGAUGAACAAGAAGAUAUAGUUGAAUCCAUUCAAAGCUUAUCUAAAAAAUACGAUUUCAUAAUAACUUCAGGAGGAAUAGGUCCAACUCAUGAUGAUAUCACUUAUGAUUCCAUUGCAAAAGCAUUCCAAUUGGACGUUUCUCUUCAUCAAGAAACAGUGGAUAAGAUGUUGACAUUACGUAAAGAAUCGGCACCUGUUUUAAAUAAAGAAGCGCAAGAAGCACAAUUUAGAAUGGCAACUUUACCUCAAGGCUCCAAUGUGGAGUAUGUUUAUUUAAACGAAGAAUUAUGGGUUCCAGUUGUUGGUAUAAAUCAACAGAUCUUCAUACUUCCAGGUGUUCCUCAAUUAUUCGAAGCAUUGUUGACUGGAUUAGUUGAAACACAUCUUUAUGAAAGAAUACAAAAUGGUAACACUUUCAUUAGAUACUAUGUCACCACUUCACUUUCUGAGAGUGAAAUCGCUCCAUAUUUAACUCAGUUACAAAGUAAGGCAAGUGAUGAUGGGUUUAAAGAUAUAAAGAUUGGUAGUUAUCCUCAUAUGGGAUUAGAUUUGAAUACUAUUAGUAUUUUAGGAAGGUUUAAAGAUAAAGAAUACAUUAGAGGAAUUGUGGAUUAUUCAGUAAAAAACUUGAAAGGUACAGAGAUUGAUGCUAAACAAGAGGAAGAAUAUUCUGCAAAUUUAGAUAAAAUCAAAUAG